AUGGCGGCUUUAAUAAGAUUGCCGCACACCAUAUCACGGUCGCUUAACCGCAUCAAUGUUGAUAACCCCGUCGAUAAUAGUAACGCAACACCUCUACAAGACCUUGAAUCUUCACGCCUAUCCACCGAGACCCAGAGACGAAAUGGGUUUUGCCAAUCCAAUGCAACCUCCAAAGAAUCGCCCAAACAUGUCCCAUAUGUAUCGAAACCGUACGCUUUACAAAUGAUCGUUUCUUGUGGCAUUGUCGGGGCUGUUAUGUUGUUACUCACCAUCAAUGUGCAUUAUCAUGGGCCAAUGCAAACCGCGGCGUCUGGGGCGCUAGCUGGAAAUGUCCUCAAUGCAGCGCUCCCCAAAGUUCCUCUCCCGAAGGAAAAUGCUGGUGCGGAAAGGGCACUCCCAUACAUGAUGACGCUCGAAUUCCAAACACGUGUCGUAGAGUUUGUGGCAACAAAGCAAAGUGCGCUCAUGGAAAUGAGACGAUGUGCAAAUGAUCCCAUACUAAAACCUCCCAAUUUGAAUACCAUUUGGGGCAGGUUGAGAGGAAAGAACUUGGACUGCGGUGCUAUCUGGCUCGAGUCUGUAGUCUCCGUAUUGGUAUUUGGGGCUAUCUUAACCUACACCAUUUUCCACAUCAAGUGGCAUACACAGCCAUACUUAUAUCCUAAUUUUCAAAAUACCUUUAGUAUGGGAGAGUCACUUUUCCUGAUUUUCCUUGUGAUCCUCUAUAUCCUGAUUGGGGGGACAUUUUGCGUUCACAUCUUUACCGAGCUGGGAUCAUUCAUUGAAGAGAUACUCAAUGGUACUCGAGGGCAGACUGAAGUACAAUUUAAACCUGUUCGAACCUUGUUAAGUCGAUUUUUCUUGGCGUGUAUCCUAAUGGGAGUCUUUAUCCUGCCGGCCAUCGGACUUAUUGGAGGCCCAGACAUCUUCUGGAAUCGCCAAAUGAAGGACUCUUGCAAGGGUUUCAAUACCCGUAUCAAAAUGGGUAGAACCUGGGCAAGAUCAAAAUACCAUCUCCGCAGUCUCAGUGCCUCAGUCGAUAAUCAAACUUUCUAUCUCACACCUGUAUUUGCACCACAGGUUCAGAGCAACGCAACAUAUCAAUACUAUCAUCGCUUCUCUGGCAAUACAGUCAACACCGCUCAUAUUGCCGUCGAUGUCGAUAUCGAUAAUGGAUUUUGGCGCGUGAUGCACUUGGAUGGACCCGACGAGCGCACAAAAUGGUGGGCCAUCGGGCGCAGAUACUCCAAAGUGGAAUUUCCAAUUUUCGAAAACAUCAAUGAAACCGAGAAGCUACGCGGCACCAUCGAAAAGCGCGGCCCUCACCUCUGGCUCCCCGAGUACAAAAUGAUCAUUCAAGGAGUGGAAGAUGCACGCCAACACUGCGAAAUCGAACCUUUUGUUCGCGUAAUCGAUACCUCGGAUGCCCCCCAGAAGUACGUUGAAAAAAUGUUGAAAUCGGACUGGAAGUGGAGCAAUAAGUGGGAUCCACGCGUGAUUAUGCGCGCGGCGAGUUUUGGUCAUGGUAGACAGAGAUUGGAUAUGUGUAUGAGAGAGAAUAUUUAUCGUACGGUAGAGGGCGAACCGUCGCAGGUCAAGGGUGUGGAUGACUUGUCUCUGGUGCCGCUGGCGGUUAUUGCGGCUAAUAGAAUGCGUAUGGGUGAGGUGGGGAGAUUGGAUUGUAGUAGAUAG